UGAGUUUCGUGUACAGCAAGAUAGAUUUACUUACAAAAUAAUAAAUAAUACUUAAUAAUUAAAGUUUAAAAUGUCGGAAAAUGGGCACGACCAUGCGUAAGAAAACUCAAGUGUCGUUCGUAAUACGCGAUGAAGAGGAAAGGAGACACAAAAAUGGCGUUAGUUCCUUACAAUUGGAUCCCGUACAGGGCAGGCUGUAUUCCGCCGGUCGAGACGGUAUUAUACGAGUGUGGUCUACUGGAAAUGGUGUCCAAGAUAGGUACAUUCAGAGCAUGGAACACCAUACCGACUGGGUGAACGAUAUAGUCCUAUGCUGUGGGGGAAAGAACUUAAUAAGCGCAUCCUCUGACACUACUGUCAAAGUUUGGAACGCCCCAAAAGGGUUUUGUAUGUCCACUCUUAGAACACACAAGGAUUACGUACGUACUUUAGCGUAUGCUAAAGACAAAGAGCAAGUCGCCAGCGCGGGGUUAGACCGCGCCAUUUUCUUAUGGGAUGUCAAUACUUUAACUGCAUUGACUGCCAGUAAUAAUACUGUUACUACCUCUAGUCUAGUGGGCAACAAGGAGUCCAUAUACAGCCUUGCUAUGAACCCACCAGGCACUAUUCUUGUUAGUGGCUCUACUGAAAAGGUCCUCAGGGUUUGGGAUCCCCGUAACUGUUCACGACUUAUGAAACUAAAGGGCCAUUCUGAUAAUGUUAAAGCAUUAGUUGUGAGUCGUGAUGGGUCGCAAUGUGUAUCUGGUAGUUCUGAUGGCACUAUAAAGUUGUGGUCUCUAUCACAGCAGCGAUGUGUCUCGACAAUUCGAGUUCAUUCUGAAGCUGUUUGGGCAUUGUUAGCGACUGAGAAUUUUACACAUAUAAUAUCUGGUGGUCGGGAUAGAUUAGUCAUUAUAACAGAAUUACGGAACCCUGAUAAUUUUGUAAUUGUGUGUGAAGAGACUGCUCCCAUUCUAAAGCUUUGCUUCACAGCAGACCAGCAAGGAGUUUGGGUGUCUACAUCGGAGUCAGACAUUCGAUGUUGGAAGUUACCUCCUCGUAACUCCUUAAGCUCUGAUAUGUAUAAUCAGAAUAGUUAUAACACAAACAAUGUAUACCAAACGCAGCCAAUUCAUAACAUACCUGGAGGUCCUGCUAUCAAGCACUACACAGUACUGAAUGAUAAACGGCAUAUACUAACAAAAGACACUGCCAAUAGUGUUGCCUUAUAUGAUGUAUUAAAGGCCUGCAAAGUUGAGGAUUUAGGUGAAGUAGAUUAUGACGAAGAAGCAAAGAAACGCUUCAAAAUGGUUUACGUACCAAAUUGGUUUAAUGUUGAUUUAAAGACUGGAAUGUUGACGAUACAUCUAGGACAAGAUGAGACCGACUGUUUGAGUGCAUGGGUUAGUGCCAAGGAGGCAGGGUUGACGACUGAGAAUGACCAAAAAGUUAAUUUUGGAGCUUUACUGCUGCAAGCAUUGUUGGAACAUUGGAAUCACCCGAGCAGAAUGAAUGAAGCUGGUCAGAAAGUCAUAGGAAACAAUUACUUCAGUGUCCCAUUACACACACCAUUAAUAUUCAGUGAAGUUGGUGGAAGGACAUUGUACAGAUUAUCGGUGGGUGACUCUGGUGGUGAAACAGAGGGAAACUUACUAAAUGAAACGGUACCAUCAUGGGUUGUCGAUGUUGCUGUGGAGAUGGCACCACCCAAAUUAAACAAGCUGCCAUUCUAUCUGCUGUCACACUCAAGCUGCCAGAGUAAACAGGACAGACAGAAAAAGGAUCGUCUAGUCGCAAAUGAUUUUAUCCAGUGCCGUAAAGUGGCAGAGCAUGUGGUGGAGAAGAUUGUAGGUGGUGGGGAUGUAAAUGGUGCCAGUGCUGGCAGCGGUAAGGGGAGCGCCAACGAGGACAGUGGCAACGAUGCGCCCGAGGAGAGAGUGGAGUUAUUAUGCUGUGAUCAGGUUUUGGACCCGAACAUGGAUUUACGAACAGUUCGUCAUUUCAUAUGGAAGUCCAAUGUGGAAUUUACACUACACUACAGGGUGUUGAAACAAUGAAAGUACCCUUAUAUGUGGUUGUACAAGUCACAUCUAAAGAAAUAUUGCUCGUUUCGAUGUAUCGUAGAGUAAGCAAACGAAGUAUGAGGUAAAAAUGUUGCAUUUGGUCUAAAUACGCAAUGUGACGCAGUCGUGCCGAAGUACUGAUAAAUUAAUUCUAUGACAUACUUAUUAAGAGACAUAUUAUAUUUUCAAUUUAUAGGGUCAUAUCUGUACUACUUUACGGUGACUGAUAAAGUUUCAACCCCUCAGACAGUAAAGUUGACCUGGUAUUGAAAUAAAUAUAAACAUUUUAAGGCUAAUUAGUUCAACCAUUUUUAAUUUAAAUUCUACAUGACUAUAUUCACUUUUUUACUCAUUGUCAAUAGGGACCUACAGGGCCCUAAAUAAUACGGCACUUAUUCGCGCAGCUAUAAAAAACGAUCCUUCGGCCUUCUAUAAAACUAAUUUGUACCUUCUAAAAGGCCGGGGAUGCGUAAGCUAUAUUUUAUGCUUGUGUUUAAUGCUUAUGUAUGGUAUGGUAUAUGAACGUCUUAUACAUAAUAAAUUCCGGAAAUAAUAGUGAAAACUGCCUAAAUCCAUUGUGUAGUGAUAAUGUGAAUUUCGGUGCGAGCGAAACAAUUUAAUUGUAAUAACCGAAACAUCUUCUCUACUAUAUAAUAAAUGAAACUUCAAUCGCGAUUUUAUAGAAAAAAAAAAUAGAUUUUUGCGUUGCGUUGCGUCGCAAUGUACUUGCCCCGUGACUUGAGUGUUCAUUAGAUGCUUUUGUAACAAUUGCACGCUAAAUAAAAAACUGUAUCAACUAAAAAAUAUGUUUUGGCGAAAUCGACUUUAAAGCAUUUAUUUAUAAAGUCGAUUUCUUAAAAUUUAUUUUAUCAGUUAAUACACUUUACGCGUGUUUAAUGUUUAAAUAUAACAACAAUUAGAAUCUAUCUUGCAGUGAAAUUCUAUACAUCCCAUUUGAUAGGAUAGCUAAUUGUAUACUUCUAAUAAAACGGCUCGUUUUGUAAAUAGACGGCGUUUUAAACUUUUGACAAUUAUAGACAUUAUAUAAACAGAAUAUUGAGCAUACUAGUUAAAUAUUAUAAACUGAACUCUAAAUUUAAGGGUUUAAAGUUGAUUCCAAACAAUGUAAUUUUGAAGUUAGUACAGUCUAUUAUUAAGCAUGUUAUAAUAUAAUAUAUAAUAAUAUAUUUCAGGGCAAUUCCUACAACGCAAUCUAGUCCCAAGCUAAGCAGAGCUUGCGUUACGGGCACUAGACAACUGAUAAAAAUACAUAGAGGAUUUUUUUUUUUUUGUAAAUACGUACACAAUAUAUAUAGAAAACAUCCAGACUGAUACAAAUACUUGUGAGGUGUAAGGAAUCGAACCCGCGACCAUCGGAACUAAGGCAACGUGUUAACCGAGCCAUAUAUCGGAAGCUCAUAAACAAUGGUGUAUAUGCUGUUUAUAGAAUGUUGUACACAUUAAGUGAAUUAUUGGGAAACUGUAAAUUGAAUGAAGAGUCAUGUUUGGAAAUUGUAUUAUAAAUCAACAACGAGAAAGUCCGGUGGAUUUAGACUAUCUUGUUUUCUUUACUGUAAAUACCCGAAAAGAUUAUUCUUUCACGAUGUAUUCUUAGUUAAUUUACUAUUUAGUAGUCUCUAGAAUAGAUAAAAAUACUAGCCAGUAGUACGUUAUAAGUUGAAUUAAAAAAAAUUGUGUAUGAAAUCUUAACAACUAAGGCAACGAAUCAAAAUAAAAGUAAAUAUAUAUGUAUAUAUUAUAGUUCACUCUGGCUUCGUCACUUUAUUAUGUUUACUACUGUCCAGUUCGGCUAGCUACUUCAAUAAAGAAGAACUGGCAAGAAAAUAAACUGGUAUUUUUAUGUUUGUAUAUAUUUAGUUACAUUCAUGAGAAUUACCACAGGCAUCACAAUAUUAUACAUGAACAGCUAUUGUAGAUA